AUGGCUCUAAUUUUCAUAAAUAGCACGAUACUGAUUAUUUGGGGAGCUUACAUCUACAUCGGACUUUGGCCAAAUGAGCAGCUUCUUAAGCAGAUGCAAACACCUCUGCUGUUGAUAAUCGGAAUUGAUUUGAGAACAAAUGGUGCAGUCGGAAUCUGCCUGCGACCACAACUUGCCUGGCCCAAUCUAAUCGUUAUGAUAAUCUCUGUGAUAAUAAUUCUUGCUCUAACAUUAGCUGGAAUAGUUUGCGCAGUACAAAUUAGAAGAAAAUUGAGGAGAGCGUCAUUGAGCGCGCAAACAAAGAAAAUGCAGCAUCGCAUGAACAACUUGUUGAUGAUUCAGACUUGUUGCCCGGUAGUAUUUCUACAGCUUCCAGCUGUGGCUCAAUACGUGAUGAUGUAUUCUGGAGCCACUACUGACUCUACAUUUUCGAACAGCAGUACAAUUUUGUGGAUGUUUUAUCCGAUAUCUGGCCCUCUAGUCACAUUGAUCUUUAUGAAAGAAUACCGUGACUAUUACCUGAGCAAACUUGGUUCAUUCAAAUCCCAGCAUCGUUCUCAUCAGACUUCAGGGCCUGGCUACGGCAAAAACGUGAUUUCCACUACCGAUUCCAAUCGUCAGUUUGUUAGAACUGCAUAUGCAUAG